AUGUCUCAAUAUAACUCCGAAGUUAUGGAUAAUGUAUCUAACAAAUAUUUCAACAAUGACAAGAACUAUAGACAAAAAGAACAGAUGAUACGGUUUUUUGCUGGGACUGCAUUGACAUUAAUUUGUUCAAGAAUGAUACACAGAACAAUGAAUACUCUUAAAUACAAACCAUCAAUAUUCCACUCUAAUAAUAAUCCGCCAAAGAGUAUAUACCAGGGUGAGGCUACUAAGGCUCUAAUGUUAUCAUCUGGUCUCUCACUUGGGUUAUUCUCCAUGUUUAUUUUUGGUGGGUGUUGGAUCUAUGACAUAUCUACGCUAAAAGAAUUUAGCCAGGGUAUGUCUGGCUUCUUCAAGAGACAUGGACUCGGAAGUCAACUAAAAGAAACAGAAGAUCCAAACGAUUCUUUAAAUGACAUUUCUCAAUUGUUAGACGAUGUUGAUGAGUGA